AUGGAUGAGGCCAUUGCUCGGUUAAGUCGCCUAGGAUAUAUGGGACUGGAAGAUGAGAGCGAAAGCGACUCUCCUCCAAUUCCAGAGGAGGUAAGUGGCAUAGGAUAUCUGGGACUGGAAGAUGAGAGCGAAAGUGAAAGCGACUCUCCUCCAAUUCCAGAGGAGGUAAGUCGCAUUGGAUAUCUGGGACUGGUAAGUCGAAUAGGAUAUCUGGGACUGGAAGAUGAGAGUGAAAGCGAUUCUCCUCCAAUUCCAGAGGAGGUCCAGAUUGAAGAUUCUCCGAUUUACAGAAUAGAAAGACAACUGGGUAAGGGAGGUAAUGGACUGGUAUGUGCCGGUCGGCCCAUCGGUCCUUCAACUUCGAGUGAUGAGCCUUCAACUUCGAGUGGUCAAACUGGUCCACAUGCAGCGGAGGUAGCAGUAAAGUUUCAGCAGAAAGAUCCCAGUGGAAUCGAAGCCAACAUUCCCCGUGAGUGGAAAGUUUACGAUGAUCUGGGUGAAAAUCACGGCAUACCACUGCCAAGGGUGCUUUACAGGGGGCAACAAGGUGACUAUAACAUCCUGGUCAUGGAUUUGCUUGGACCUAGCUUACAGGUCCAGUUAGUCGAUAACCAUCCAUCCUUGCCAUUGGCAGCAGUUGCUUGUGUUGCGGUUGAGGCAAUCUCUAUUCUUGAGAAGCUGCACUCUAGAGGGUACAUUCAUGGGGACGUAAAACCUGACAACUUUUUGCUCGGUCCUCCAGGAACUCCUGAUGAGAGAAAAUUGUUCCUGAUUGACCUUGGAUUAGCUGUGAGAUGGCGAUGUCAUUCGACAGGUUUGCAUGUUAGGUAUCAUCAAUCUCCGGACCAUUUCAGAGGAACCCCUCUUUUCGCAAGUGUGCAUGCUCAUCUCGGUCGAACGAGUAGCCGAAGAGAUGACCUGGAGUCACUGGCAUACAUGCUUGCUUUCCUUAUCAGCGGUCAAUUGCCUUGGCAUGGAUUUCAGGCAGAGGAUAUGCUAAUAUGCAAGAAAAAGAUGGCCACUCCUUUGGAAGCUCUAUAUCACUCUUGUCCUCCACCUUUCCUGCAAUUUGCCAAGUUUGCAGUAAAUUUGAGUUUCGAUGAAGAUCCAAACUAUGCAAGAUAUAUUUCUCUUUUCCGUGGGAUGAUUGGUCAAAACCCAUACGUUUGGCCAGUGAAUGCUGAUUCUGCUCGAGAGUCAAUUGAGGGCGACGCGCCACCGAAGAGCUCACUAACACGAGGGGGGUUGACGAGAUUACAAUGGAUAAGCAUUUUCCAAGAACAUCCACCCAUGAGGCAAAGGAUUCGCUACAAUGUGGACAAUGUGAACCUACCUCUAUUCAUUGAGGAGGCACGUGCAGAUGGAAUGUAUGUUAGCAGUGUGGCUUCCCGCCUCAAUUUGUGGGCCGUGGUUAUGGACUCUGGCACUGGCUUCACUGCUCAAGUUCAUACUAUUUCACCCGAGUCUCUUCCCCAGAACUGGAUUAGGGAACAGUGGGCAAGAAAUUACCACAUCACUGCAAUCGCCGGAGCAGAUAAUGGUAGCACAUUAGUUGUAAUGUCCAAGGGGCCUCAAAACUGUCGGCAAUCUUAUCACGUUGCCAAUACAUUCCCUUACGGGUUGAUUAAGAGGAAAUGGGCACGUGGUACUUAUGUCACGGCCAUGGCCACUGUGGGAGGUAACUGGGUAGUCAUCAUGUCCUCUGCCACCGGAUUUGUCCACCAGGUUGUAGAGCUAGAUUUUCAGUACCCGUAUGAGGGAAUUGAUGAAAGGUGGAAGCAAGGCUACUUCAUCACUUCAGUUGCAGCUACUCCAGAUCAGGUAGCUUUUGUCUUCAGCAUUCCAGAAGAAGAACCAGUUGGAGGACCCCAAGAGGCAGCCCAGACUUCAAAUUUUCCUGAAACAGUAGUGGCGGAGACUUGGCCUAGGAAUUACUACUUGUCCCUUCUUUGCUACAGCAGACCUGUUUCGUGA